AUGUAUGGGACGAGAGCCAGAGUGCGAGCAUUGAAACUCUCUGCUCAGGCAUCCGAGCAACCUCAAGAAUCUCCCGCCCCGGAACGAACAGAUCCAAUCGGCGAAAAAGAGGAUCUCAAUCUGCAGGAAGCUGGCCAAGACCUCAAGGUCGCAGACAAACCCCCCCAAAGACUAUAUUCCCUCUACGAAAACCUGCAGUCGACGUCCCCUGCCUUCCGACAAUCAUCGCAUGGCGAACAUCUCCUGAACUGGCUACAAUCGAUCAAACCAUACCGCCUUCGUCGGUGCAGGUCCGACACGAACAUCCAACUUUUGCCCGAUUUCUACACAAACACUCCGCCCAUGUCGACGUUACAAGACAGCACCAUUCCCCCACAGGGCCAGGGCACCUUUUGUCAUUCGGGAGGGGUUUCCCGCGUGGGUGAACUGGCCUAUGCCGCCAAGGUGUACGAAAAGAGGGCUGUUGAGAAACAAGGCUACCGGAACAGUCUUCGAGCAAGCAAGAUAUUUAUGCUCAGAGCCGCAGAAAAGGUGCCAAGUAACAUUCAGUCGGUGAUGGAUCUCAUCACCUCUGAAUGUGGCCAACCGCCAACCGCAGCAAAGUCAGCAUCCGACUCCUACUCCAACGAGUGUGCAAACAUGGCCAUUAGAGGGGCGAACGAGGAAAGUGUCAGGCGCUUCUUCGAUGACUAUCUCUUUUCCAAAUCCAGCCUUCCCGCCAAUGUGCGCCGCAACGAGGGGAUGAUGAAAAGAGGUGAUGCUCCCAUCGCCGCCUCUGGGGCGGGGAAGAUCAGUACUCCCAAUCCGGAUCUGCUUCUAGGAUACGACGAGGAGAGCUUCCCGCCCCAGCAAGACGGGCGACUGGGUGCUUGGGACGCAAACAAUGCAAAAUUCUCCUUUCUUUCCGUCGACUAUAAGGGGGACGGCAGCGUUUCCACCGGCAGUCUCUGGGUCGCUACAAAUCAAUGCCUGGUGGCAACCACCACUUGCGUGAAUCUCAUGAUGAAACUACGGGCUGUGGUGCUGGAACGAGGGGAUGCCGAGGCGGCCAACAGUCUCGACCAGCAUGUCUUCGGCCUCGUUGCAAAUGGCACAGAAGCAAGGCUCUUUGUAACGUACGCGGACGCGGACCAAGACGGGCAGAGAUGUGUCAGGAGGAUCUUCAAGUGGGCUGAGGAACGCAAGGGUCGCAUCGAGGCUGCUAUCGAUGUCAUCCUGUCUGGAAGCCUGACGGCGGCGAACAAGAGGGGCCACGACGGGAGUGGUCCCGUAACGAAGCGUCAACGGGGAGAAUCCACUGAUCCUCCAGGCGUUUGA